UGCCCCUGAAGAAAUAAUACCCCAAUCAGUUGCUUAGAUAACUUGGCGGCCAUUACUUUGUAAUUGGCAGGCUGUGAUUGGUCAAAUGGGUUCACAAUCAUGGUAUGACGUCAUAGAGGUAACGGCAGGGAUGGGUUGGCAAUUUCACAGGUGUUGAGCCGAUCUGUUUCCUGAUCUUGGACAAGUCGAUGACUGGCUUCCGAGUUGAACAUCGCUUUGUUGUUGCAUGUAUCCGAAGAAUUGGAAAAAUAUAGCCUCUUACCAUUUCCGACCACCCACUGUUCGGCUCAAAGUUGUACAACCUCCCCCAACAAGACAAGUGCUCCUCAAGUCAACCUUCUACUUGAAAACCUCCUCCUCACCCUUCUCAACUGCAAUUCCAACACUAGCACCGAACAUGCGUCUCGAGGCUGGAAACGUAUCAGAAUGGCAAGAUGGCAUGAUGAAAGAAAUUCCCUUGGACCCCAAGGCGGAUAAGUCACCCAAAAUUCUGGUUACUAAAGUCAUGGGAAAAAUUCACGCGACCUCGUCGCAAUGUACCCAUUAUGGCGCAUCUUUAAUCAAUGGGGUCUUGGCCUCCGAUGGUUGCUUGACCUGUCCUUGGCAUGGUGCCAAGUUUUCGGUUAACAAGGAUGGUGACAUCGAAGAUGCACCCGGCUUGAACGCUUUACAGUCAUUCACGGUCCUAAUCGAGGACGAGAGAGUAUUUGUAGAAGUCGAUCCUGAGCUCGUCAAGGCCACGCAAUUCGGUCGGACACCUGCGAAGUGUAAAUCGAGCGGUCAAAAAGCUAAAGACCAACCAGGGGUGGUCGUCAUUGGGGGCGGAUCAGGCGGUCAUUAUUUCGUAGAAGAGAUUAGAAGGCUCAAUUAUAACGGAAACGUCACCCUGAUCAGCCAAGAGCCCAACCUGCCAAUCGAUAGAACCAAGUUAUCCAAGGCUUUAAUUACUGAUCCCAAAAAAAUCGCAUUCCGGGAUGAAGCGUUCUACCGUGACACGGAAAUUGAUCUCCAGAUUGGCAAGGCCGUCAAUAAAAUUGACGUGGAAGGUCAAUCGGUGAGCUUAUCAGAUGGCUCAACGAUCAAAUAUUCAAAACUGGUCGUUGCGACCGGUGGAAUCCCAAGAACUUUACCCUUAGAUGGUGCGGAUCUCGAGGGCAUUAGCAUCAUGAGAGCAAUCCCGGAUGCUCAAAAGAUUCAGUCCAUUUUAUCCGGCGCUAGUCCCGACAAGAAGAAAACAAUCGCUCUUAUCGGAUCGAGUUUCAUUUCCAUGGAGCUCGCUAUCUUCGCAGCCAAGAAAGAGAACGUCCAGGUGCAUGUAAUCGGGAUGGAUAAAAUCCCCCUAAGCAAAAUCCUCGGCGACAAGAUCGGGAAUGCGAUCAAAAAAUCACACGAGAAGAACGGUGUCGUGUUCCACUUGGAAGCAAACCUCGAAAAGUUCCUGCCUUCUGAAUCCAAUCCUUCCCAUGUGGGAGGAGUAGCCUUGAAGGGAGGGGAAGUAGUUAAGUGUGACGGCGUGGUACUCGGCGUUGGGGUCAUGCCCAACACUGAUCUUCUCAAGGCGGCCGGCAUAGCCUUGGAAAAGGACGGUAGUGUGGUGGUCGAUGAAUAUCUUCGAAUCAAAGACUCAAAGGCCCGCAACACGAUCUACGCAAUCGGAGACAUUGCAAAAUACCCUGAUCUUUUGACUGAUGGAGCCUUGGUUAGAAUUGAACACUGGAACGUUGCCGGUAACCAUGCAAGGGCUGCAGCAAAGAAUAUCGCCCAAGAACAAAAGUCAGAACCGCUGGUGGCUUUCACCAAACCGGCGAUUUUCUGGUCAGCGCAAGGUGAACAGUUACGAUACGUUGGGACCGGAAAGGCUUCUCAAUGGCAAGACGUGAUCAUCGAGGGAAACGCCGAUGAGCUCAAUUUUGUAGCCUACUAUUAUAAAGACGAUGAGGUGGUAGCGAUCGCUACGAUGAAAAAAGAUCCAAUGAUGGUCCAAGCAGCUGAGCUUUUUGCCCGCAAGAAGUUUCCAUCCGUAUCGGAGAUUCGCAAGGGUAUGAACUUGAUGUCACUCAAGCUGUAAAGCAAGACAAGCGAACCUCGAUUCAAUCAAAUUAGACUUAGCUAUUAGCACAUUCUAACCUUUACUGAAGUUGAAUAUACAUUAUCUGCAAAUCUGUUGAAUCUUCCUCCAAGCAUCCACCUUAUCUGUAUAAUCACAUCCCCUAGCAACAAAAAUUAAUCCAACCGAAUUUUUUGUAUUCAAUACCAAGAGGUGCUCAGAAAAAUAUAGGCAGUUUUCAAGACCUGCACACUUGAAGAUUUGGUCUUGAAGUGCUCAGAAAUGCUUAGAAAACUUUAACCCUCAAGAACUUUGUUGCUAAAGGUUAAACCUUGGUAUCAGAUUCCAGCCAUUUUGUUUGUUGCUUGCAUUUGUCCUCUCACUGUUUUGUGGCAGAACACUUGGUUUAACUUUAGCCACACAAUCAAGCUUAUGAUUUCUUUUAAUGAACAGUGUCACUUCAC